AUGGAUAACUUCUUUGUGGAUGAUUAUGCUAGAUUUACUGUCUUGGAUUCCCAAGGCAAGACUGCUGCUAUAGCCAACAGUAUGAAUUAUCUGACUAAGAAAGGAAUGUCCUCCAAGGAAAUCUAUGAUGAUUCUUUUAUUAGGCCAGUAACUUUUUGGAUUGUUGGGGAUUUUGAUAGCCCUUCUGGAAGGCAGUUGUUGUAUGAUGCUAUUAAACAUCAGAAAUCCAGUAACAAUGUUAGAGUAAGCAUGAUAAAUAAUCCUAGUGAAGAUAUAAGUUAUGAGAAAACUCGGAUCUCCAGAGCAAUCUGGGCUGCUCUCCAAACACAAACCUCCAACUCCGCUAAGAAUUUCAUCACAAAAAUGGCCAAGGAGGAGACUGCAGAGGCCCUGGCUGCGGGAACUGAUAUCAGGGAGUUCUCUGUUGGGGGCAUGGAUUUCAGUCUUUUUAAAGAGGUCUUUGAGUCUUCCAAAAUGGAUUUCAUUUUGUCUCAUGCCAUGUACUGCAGGGAUGUUCUAAAGCUGAAGAAAGGACAGAGGGCAGUGAUCAGCAAUGGAAGGAUCAUUGGGCCACUGGAGGACAGUGAAUUCUUUAAUCAAGAUGAUUUCCACCUCCUGGAAAAUAUCAUCUUAAAAACUUCAGGACAGAAAAUCAAAUCUCAUAUUCAGCAGCUUCGGGUAGAAGAAGAUGUGGCCAGUGACUUGGUAAUGAAGGUGGACGCUCUCCUGUCAGCUCAACCAAAAGGAGAUGCAAGAAUUGAAUACCAGUUUUUCGAAGACAGACACAGUGCAAUUAAACUGAAACCCAAGGAAGGGGAGACGUACUUUGAUGUCGUGGCUGUCAUUGACCCUGUCACCCGAGAAGCACAGAGACUCGCCCCAUUGCUUUUGGUUUUAACUCAGCUGAUCAACAUGAAUCUAAGAGUAUUCAUGAACUGCCAAUCUAAACUUUCCGACAUGCCGUUAAAAAGCUUUUACCGUUAUGUCUUGGAACCAGAGAUUUCUUUUACUUCAGACAAUAGUUUUACUAAGGGUCCAAUAGCAAAGUUUUUGGAUAUGCCACAGUCUCCUCUGUUCACUCUGAACUUGAACACACCUGAGAGUUGGAUGGUAGAGUCUGUCAAAACACCAUAUGACCUUGAUAAUAUUUAUUUAGAAGAGGUGGACAGCAUCGUGGCUGCUGAGUAUGAGCUGGAGUACCUGUUACUAGAAGGUCAUUGCUAUGACAUCACUACUGGCCAGCCCCCCCGGGGACUGCAGUUUACAUUAGGAACUUCAGCCAAGCCAGUCAUUGUGGAUACCAUUGUUAUGGCUAAUCUGGGCUAUUUUCAGUUAAAAGCCAACCCAGGAGCUUGGAUUCUCAGACUAAGAAAGGGACGUUCUGAAGAUAUUUACAGAAUCUACAGUCACGACGGUACAGAUUCUCCACCUGAUGCUGAUGAAGUUGUUGUUGUCCUCAACAACUUCAAGAGCAAAAUUAUUAAAGUGAAGGUUCAGAAGAAGGCAGACAUGGUGAAUGAGGACUUGCUGAGCGAUGGGACUAAUGAGAAUGAAUCUGGAUUUUGGGACUCCUUCAAAUGGGGCUUUACAGGAGGACAGAAGACCGAGGAAGUGAAACAAGACAAAGAUGACAUAAUUAAUAUUUUCUCUGUUGCAUCUGGUCAUCUCUAUGAAAGAUUUCUUCGCAUAAUGAUGCUAUCAGUACUGAAGAAUACCAAGACUCCUGUGAAAUUCUGGUUCUUGAAGAAUUAUUUGUCCCCCACGUUUAAGGAGUUUAUACCUUAUAUGGCAGACAAAUACAAUUUUCAGUAUGAGCUUGUUCAGUACAAGUGGCCCCGGUGGCUUCACCAGCAGACUGAGAAGCAGCGUAUCAUCUGGGGUUACAAGAUCCUCUUCCUGGAUGUGCUGUUCCCACUGGUUGUUGACAAGUUCCUGUUUGUGGAUGCAGACCAGAUUGUACGAACAGAUUUGAAAGAGUUAAGAGAUUUCAAUUUGGAUGGUGCUCCUUAUGGUUACACUCCUUUCUGUGACAGCCGCAGAGAGAUGGAUGGCUACAGGUUCUGGAAGUCAGGGUACUGGGCCAGUCACUUAGCUGGGCGAAAAUACCAUAUCAGUGCACUGUAUGUCGUGGAUCUGAAGAAGUUUAGGAAAAUAGCAGCUGGUGACAGACUCAGGGGACAGUACCAAGGACUGAGUCAGGAUCCUAACAGCCUUUCAAAUCUUGAUCAAGAUUUGCCCAAUAACAUGAUCCAUCAGGUGCCAAUUAAAUCACUCCCUCAAGAAUGGCUUUGGUGUGAAACGUGGUGUGAUGAUGCCUCUAAGAAAAGGGCAAAAACAAUUGAUUUGUGUAAUAAUCCAAUGACCAAAGAGCCCAAGCUGGAGGCUGCUGUUCGAAUUGUCCCAGAGUGGCAGGACUAUGAUCAGGAGAUCAAACAGCUACAGCACCGCUUUCAGGAGGAGAAGGAAAUGGGAGUGCUGUAUGGAGACAAGACAGCAAAGGAGGCAAGACGAGAAGGACCUCAGACCCAUGAGGAAUUAUGAUCUCCAGAGGAGGAUAGGAAAUCACACCAUUUGAAAAACACUUUUUCUAUUAAAUGCUAGUUUUUUCCAAUCUGUCUAUACAACUGCUGAUGAACCGACUGGGCAGGAGUGCUGCCCUUUCAUCCUGACUCCCGCGGGCUGACAGCUCUGGAUCUCUGGGGUUAAGGCUCGCUACUAGAUUCCAACCUCAGAGGAAGACAAGGAACUGAUCUCUGGGGGACUCUAUGAAGAGCAGGCCUCUCACCAGAAGAGAAGAUGGCAAAAGCAACUGGAAGAAGAACAAGCCCACAUGUGCUGCAGUGUCACACGAGGCCACUAACCGGAGCCGCCGUGUCCUUCCUUACCUCAGUCCGCGGGGAGGCGCAGCGGAGCUCCGUCUGCAGCCGGGGCCACCCGUCCGGGCGGAUAGUGGAUGGGGCGGUGGCGGCUGUCCGAGCAUCACCGGGUUUGCGUCGGUGGGCUCUGUGCCCUUCCCCAGCAUCAGGUUCAUUGUUAAAUUGAAACCCAACGAACAAUCAUGUGUUUCAGGCUAAGCUCGGGGCAAAUUAAUUUGGGGAGAGGAUGGGGGUGGAUUGGGGUGAGGGUCGGGAAAAUAGCAGCAGUAGGAGGGCUCUGGAGUGUUGGGGGUGGGGUCAUGAGGAAAACCAGAAAUUGGCCGUUCUGUUUUAUAAACCGUCAGAACCAUUGUGACUAAUAUGAAAUGAAGACAUUAUUCUUAUUCUGCACCCAGCCCCAGUGAACUUUUUAAGUAAUUGUUUUGUAAGCAAUUUUUGUAUUUGCAAGUCUCUGCUUUCUCUUCCCACUUUCUUAAAAGAAGUCUGUUAUUUCCUUACUGGAUACA